AUGAUACGUCCAACAUCUAACCCUAGCACAGCAUUGGGCAGAAUUGGUAUAAAUGUUCAACAAGUGCGUUUCUUAAAAAGAAAAUUAGCAUAUCCACAAGCAUAUAAACCUCAAGUACCUCCAUUAACUCAUAGGAAAAAGGAUCACACAAGUUAUUUCCAAAGAUACUUGAAGGGAUGGUUGGGGCCUGUCAAUGCGAGAGGUGAAUACUACAGAAACAAAUAUUACUACCCACCCCAAGAUCACAAGCCACGUUAUGUAGUGCCAGAUGGUAAUACGAUUGUUGAUCCAAGCAAGCCACAAAUAUCGGACGAUAGAAGAUACAACGACACAAAGAGAAACCCGUCAUUACAACCAUUUCCAUUUAAUCCUCAUUGCAGGACCGCAUCCGUUAUCCCCAACGACUUGAAAACCAAAAUCUACGAAGAAGUCACUCAAAAUGGAAUGCACAGUCAGGAAGUUGCCCACAAGUAUGGGAUUAAAAUAACCAGGGUGGAAGCUAUUGUCAAAUUACAACAAAUUGAACAGCAAUGGAAAGAAGAAGUAUGUAUAACUAAUUUUAGGCGACAAAACGUAUUACAAUGA